UCCCUCCCUCCCUCCCUCUCUCUUUCUCCUUCCCUCCCUCUUUCUUUCUCUCUCCUUUUGCUUUCUCUGUAGUUGCUUGGAGGAAAAAGGGUAGGCGCAGGACAGUGAGAAGAGAGAAUUUAGAAAAAAGAAUUGUAUACCACUGUGCCUGAAUAUAUCUUCUACGUGUGGAUAAUUACAUCCAAGUUGCACUUUUGCCUUUUUACUUCCGUUUUUGGACACCUCUUUUAUCAUCCAGCCAUCUGGGAUAGACAAAGCACUGUUGGUGUCCUGAGCGACAGAACUCUGGUAGGGGGCUGGCUGUAAAUUGACGUGGCAUGGAAAUUCUCCGCUAAGUUGUAGCAGCUUGCUAGUUUCUCUAAAAUCAGCCUCCUGGAGCUGUAGCUCAAUCAUGGGUUCAAUGACUUUACAGAAAAAUGGACAGAAAACGUCUCCAGCUCCUUACUUUGGACCCAAAUGUUUUCUUUAGGGGUAUCCGUGGCUUCGCUGAAAACAAAAUCAAAGCAGUUAGGUCUGUAACUUUCUUUUUGCAACUUAAACAACAGAAUUUGCUGCUCUCCCUCCCCUUUCCUGCAAUUUAAUUCCUUACAGAUUUUGCCAUGGGGUGCGGACUUAGAAAGCUGGAAGACCCUGAUGAUAGCAGCCCCGGAAAAAUAUUUUCUACCCUGAAGAGACCACAAGUGGAAACAAAGACAGAGUUUGCUUACGAAUAUGUAUUGCUGGAUUUUACUCUACAAGCUUCAUCAAGCCCAGAAGUCAUCAAGAUAAAUUCAAUUCUGGAUAUAGUAACAAAAGUGGAAGACUAUUAUCUUAAAGGAUAUAUAGUUGGGGCUAUUCAUCCCAUUAUACAACCUGUGGGGCAGCGAAAACACUUACCUGCAAGUUACCUAUAUAGGGUGGUGCUAUCACGCUUGAAAUUAAGCCCAAAGCAUUCGGCAGUACCCAGUGGACAAAGACGCCCGAGGCUUGUGAUUGAGGAAUGUCCUCUAACUUAUGAGACACAAACAAAUGAUACAGCAAAAGAACUGAUAGAAAAGAUUAAUGUUGCUGCUAAAAGAGGAAUGAAAUUUGUUGGAUUCAUAUCACAGCAUUACUCACCAUCUAAAUUCUGUAAUGGAACCAACCAUGAUGGAGACAUAGAAUCAGUGCUACAUGUGACACACAGUUCAGAUGAAAACUGUAAAAGUUGGAAUGAAGAAACAUUAAGUGGGCAAUCAUCUGAAAGUGGAAUUGAGGAAGAACUUCAUCAUGAAAGCGGACAGUAUCAAAUGGAACAAAAUGGCAGCCCCAGUUCCUCUAAACCAAGAAAGGGAGACGCCUCAGAUAACAAAUUGUAUACGGUCUUCAAUGUUUUUGAUGAUGAUUCAGCCUGCUGGACCUAUCAGGAAGGCAUCCUGUCCAUGAAAGUAACAAGAAAAGGACCCGUCAUUAGUACACUUGAUGCUGAUUGGCUGGAGUUAACUACAUUUUAUUAUAAGCAAGGCUUAUCUUUAAUUGAUUCUUUUGUAUCCUGGGAAGCACCUAAAGGGGACCAUUUGCCUAAAUCUUUGGAAGGAUUUUUUGUCUAUGAAGAAGAAGGUUCUGGAGUUCCAGGUUGUAGUAGGAAAGGAAAUGAUGCCAUUGUAGUAGAACAAUGGACCGUUAUUGAGGGCUGUGAAAUCAAAACGGAUUAUGGCCCUCUGCUGCACACUCUGGCUGAAUUUGGAUGGCUUCUGACAAGCGUGUUGCCUACACCUAUAUUGAGACAUGACAGUGAGGGGAAUUUGGCUACAAAGCAGGUCGUAUUCCUUCAGAGGCCAGUUGUAUGGAAUUCAGCUGCCCAAACAACAGAUGCUGCUUUCAAUGCAGACUUCUCAAUGAUGAAUUGCCCCAAGCUACAGAGGAAUCAGUUUUUACCAAGAAGGGGGGAGAACUGCAAUACCUGCGAGCAUGAACCAAAUGUAGCACCUGUUGAAUGUGUGAAAGAAGCCAUAAGGAAGGAAUGUGAAGAAAAGCUUUGGGUUAAGGACUCAAAGGGGCACUACGAAAUUAAGAAUGUAACUCAAUGUGAAGGAGAAAGAUGCUUUUGGUACUACUACCUCUGCCAGACCACCCAGGGCUUUCUUCCUCAGCUCUGUUCCUGGCUGCUUCCAGUACGUACUGUCCUCUGCAGACACAUGGAAAACUCCCUGAUGAUGGUAGUCUUCUUUAUCAUUGAUGUCAAGACCCAUGCAAUCGAAGACAGAGGGUCUCUGCUCUUUGGAGACUUAGUGACACUUGCUGCUGCUUUUAUGUCCCUUUUGGAUUUCACAUAA